CUGCCUCCCCACAUACAAUGAAACCUCUCUACCGGGUAGCUUUCAGACACAAACCCCCAAAGAAGCAGAAGAGUUUUCCCUGCUGUCUGUGAUCAUUUCCAGCAUUUCAUCAGCUCAGAAUGACUGGCCAUAAAUGGGGUUAUGGUGAAGAGGAUGGUCCAUCUGCAUGGCACAAAUCCUACCCCAUCGCCCAAGGAGCUCGCCAGUCCCCCAUUAACAUCGUCCCUGAGGAGGCAGUUUAUGACAGCCGUCUUCCAGGCAUCUCGCUCAGCUAUGACAACUGCACUUCUCUGACUAUAUCCAACAACGGACACUCUGUGGUGGUGGAGUUUGAGGAUGUGGAUGAUAGAUCAGUGAUCCAAGGAGGCCCUCUGGAAAAUGCAUACCGCCUGAAACAGUUCCAUUUCCACUGGGGGGGAAAAGACUGCGACGGCUCUGAACACACUGUCAGUGGGAAGACCUACGUGUCCGAGCUCCACCUGGUGCACUGGAAUGCUGUGCGCUAUCGCACCUUCGCUGAGGCUGCUGCAGCUCCUGAUGGCUUGGCUGUGCUGGGGAUCUUUCUGGAGAAAGGAGACGACCACAAAGAUCUACACACAAUAACCGACGCCUUAUAUAUGGUCAAAUUCAAGGAAAGCGUCGCAAAUUUCAAAGGUUUCAACCCGAAGUGCCUCCUACCUUCCAAUCUGAAGUUCUGGACGUACCCCGGCUCUUUGACCACGCCUCCGCUGCAUGAAAGCGUCACAUGGAUCGUUCUGGCUGAACCUAUUCGAGUCUCAGAGAAGCAGAUGGGAAAGUUUAGGAUGUUGCUCUUUAGCGGUGAAGAGGAGGAACAGAGGAAACGCAUGGAGAACAACUUCCGCCCUCCACAGCCCCUGAAGGGCAGGACGGUCCGCGCCUCCUUUAAGUAGCCCCAUGAUCACCACACUGACAAUGUUUUUUUUUUUUUUCUCUGCAAUCUGGAAAUGUGUAGAUUUCGUUUUCUCUUUAGGAAGUCAGGCACGUUGUGAGGAACAACCGCAACGAGUGGAGAACUGUGAAAGCACUUAGGAACACUGUGUAGGUUUCUACGUCAUGUAGGCUGCCAAGAAACAUGCAUUCUAAAUGUCGUAGCAUUGAGCUGAGUAGAGAUGAAAGUCUGAGCUGACGAUGCAAACAUAUGAGCAGCUUUUCAUCUUUUCCAUUAAAGUUUUCUCACCAGUUUCUAUAAACCAGUAGAAGAAUGUUUUUUAUUUACUUUGAUUGCCUGAGCCAUUGAACAGUUCUGAGAUCAGCCUGGUUUGAAGUGAUCCACCCUCAGGUGCGUGCAGCGACUCCGACUUUCCUGCGACAGACCUUCUGCUUUCACACAUCAUUUGGAUAGUAAGAAACCUCUGGCAGACCGCGUUUAAUCUCUUCACCGCUCAUUAUCCUGACCAAAUGAUGGAACUUAGGAAAGAUAUUUCCAUGGCUGUGCCCUGAAGCUUUUUCUGAUCUGUUCCUUUCUUAUCUGCUCUCCUUUACGAUGCAUUUUGCUUUGUUAGUGCUUUUAUUGUGUGAUUUUGUUCUGCUGAUGAUUCGUGUCCAUUGUGACUUCACUUUAACCUCAUUGAUUAGUAAAACAUUUGAUGCUAAUGACCUGCAAUGAGAUGAAACGCUGCUAAAACUUAUAGAAAAAAAACCCAACCUUGUGUGAAGUAAAAUGGGUAGAAUUCUGUAUUUCUCACUCAAAUCUUGGGUUUGUUCUAAAAAUGAAAAUUGUGAUGGUUUUUUUGAUGCAAUAUUGUGUGUAAUGUCUCAAUUCUCCAACGUCUGAAGCUCAACACUGGAACAACUUGACACUGGAACAUGGGCAGAUUUUUCUCCCUGUGAUGUACAUUUUAUUUACAGACAAACGUUUGUUGACACCAAACUUAGUUUCUUGUGUUUUUUCAACAUCCCAUUCCACAUUCAGUUCACAUUUACAGUUAUAAUGAUCUCCACUCUUCUGGGAAGAUGUUCCUCAUUACACAGGGGUGUUAGUAAAGUCAGGUCCUGAUGUAGAUGAGGUGAGGAGGCCUGGGGGUGCAGUCAGCGUUCAUAUUCAUCACUAAAAGUGUUCCAUAGGGUUUAUAGCAGACCACUCAAGAUCUUCAUGGGUCUGGAUUUGUGCAUUCUCGUGCUGGAACAGGUUUUUUCUGUCUCCUAGUUUAAAUAAAGGGAAAAUCCAUGCUUCUGCAUCCACAAGCAUCCUGUAAUAAACUCAAGUCUGCAUUACGGCUGUGGUUUUUCAUCUAAACACUUUGCAUCAGCAUGCUGCAGUAGAUACUUAUUUUCUUCUGUUGAGUCUUUACAGAAUUACUGUUCUGAUCACUUGGUUUUAUGAUAAAACUUCACUCAUCACCCUGGAUGGAGAAAAGCUCCAUUUUCUUUUACAGUACGUGGGUACAGCAGCUUUACAUUCUUUAUUUUGUUUUUAUAAAGGUGUGUAUUUGCUUUCUUGCUCCACAUUAUAUCAUUUUAAUCACACGUUUCUGCGUCUUCAUAAUAUGGUUUAGAAAGAUCUUAGAAAUUAUUGAAAUACCUCUCGGGAUUACUGAAUGAACUUGUGCUUUAAUAAACUAUUUAUUGUCAUUUUCUUUUUCCAUUGAAAGAAGUCUGAUCAUUUCAAUAAAAAUUAAAACAA